CAUCGCAUCUCAGUCGGUUCAAUGUGACCCGGUCCGCCAUACCGUGAGUAUAGGACUGCACGCCAGCGCUCAAGUGCACUUAUCUCACACAGCUAGUGAAUGAGGAUUGUCUGUCACUGAACUAAAGUCACUUUGAGCAGCCAGCCGCCUCAGACAGGGACACGCGCGAGUCAUGGCCGAAGACAUUCAGCAGAAGCUGGAGAAGUACCGCACGGCGCCCUUCGACGCCCGCUUCCCGAACCAGAACCAGACCAGAAACUGCUGGCAGAACUAUCUGGAUUAUUAUCGCUGUCAAAAAGCUCUGGAUGCCAAAGGUGUGGACACGGCUCCAUGUGACUGGUACAAGAGGGUCUACAAAUCUCUCUGUCCUCUUUCCUGGAUCGAGAAAUGGGACACCCAGAGGGAAGAUGGAACGUUUCCGGGAAAGAUCUGAAGAUGGCACAAGGGAACCGAAACGCAUCUGUCUGUGGUAUCGUCUCACCUCAGCUGAGCAGGGCCUUAAUAAUGUUUGUCCAAAAAUGCUCCUGUCACGCUGGAGGAUGAGAUAGAUUGUUAACGUCAUUCCUUAUUAAUAUGAAAGUAUUGCAGAUUCUGCAUUAAAAUCUCUCAGGCUUUGAAAUGUGA